UUCUAUUACACUGUCCACCUGUGCAAUUCUGCUGAAGAUGGAGUAUUUUAUCUACAGUAACAACUGAUAAAAUCUGUUUUUUAUAGCACUUGGCAUCAUUCCAUUUCAACACUAUACAUAUAUAUAUAUACACGUGUCUCUGUGCACACUCACCAGCAUUGGUUCUUGGAUCAAGCCGCGAUGAAGAGCUUCCUUGUCCUCGCAGCAUUUCUCUCUGUGUGUCGGGCUCAAUAUGACCCCCACACACAGCCUGGGAGAACAUCCAUCGUUCAUCUGUUUGAGUGGCGCUGGGCUGAUAUCGCCGCAGAGUGCGAGCGCUAUCUCGCGCCCAAUGGGUUUGGAGGCGUUCAGAUUUCACCUCCCAGUGAAAGUGUGGUGUUGACCAAUCCUUUCAGGCCAUGGUGGGAGAGGUAUCAACCAAUCAGCUACAACCUGUGCUCAAGAUCAGGGACAGCCAAUGAGCUGCAGGACAUGGUGACUCGAUGCAAUAACGUUGGGGUCCGGAUCUACGCGGAUGUCGUCAUCAAUCACAUGUGUGGCUCUGGGGCAGGAUCAGGGACUCACUCCUCCUGCGGGAGCUUCUUCAACGCAGGAGCCAGGAGCUUCCCCUCCGUGCCCUACUCCACGACGGACUUUAACGAUGGAAAGUGCAAGACUCACAGCGGCGAGAUCGAGAACUACAACGAUAUGUACCAGGUCAGAGACUGUCGUCUUGUUGGUUUGCUGGAUCUUGCCCUGGAGAAGGAAUACGUUCGGGGGAAGGUGGCAAAUUAUUUGAACAGCCUCAUUGACAUCGGUGUGGCGGGCUUCAGAGUGGACGCCUCUAAACACAUGUGGCCUGGCGACAUGGCAGCUGUCUUCUCCAAACUGAAACCCCUCAACACAAAGUGGUUCCCCAGAAGCUCCAAGGCCUUUAUCUACCAGGAGGUCAUCGAUCUCGGAGGAGAGGUGAUUAAGGCCAGUGAGUACUUUGGACUGGGCCGGGUCACAGAGUUUAAGUACAGCGCGAAAAUAGGAACCGUUUUCCGCAAGUGGAGCGGGGAGAAAUUGGCUUACAUGAGGAAUUGGGGUGAGGGUUGGGCGUUCAUGCCUUCCAACAAAGCCCUGGUGUUUGUAGACAAUCAUGACAACCAGAGAGGCCACGGAGCUGGAGGGGCCUCUGUCCUCACCUUCUGGGACUCCAGGCUCUACAAAAUGGCAUCUGGCUUCAUGCUGGCUCACCCUUAUGGAGUGACUCGCGUGAUGUCAAGUUUCCGCUGGCCAAGAUACAUAGAGAAUGGGAAGGAUAAGAAUGACUGGGUUGGACCCCCAAGCUAUAGUGAUGGGAAGACCAAACCUGUUAGCAUUAAUCCAGACAGCACCUGUGGAGAUGGCUGGGUUUGUGAACACAGAUGGCGCCAAAUCAAGAACAUGGUUAUCUUCCGGAAUGUAGUGGAUGGCCAGCCGUUCUCUAACUGGUGGGACAAUGGAGGCAACCAGGCAGCAUUCGGUCGUGGAAACAAAGGCUUCAUCGUGUUUAACAAUGAGGACUGGAAUAUGGACGUCACUCUGCAGACUGGGCUGCCGGCUGGCAAUUACUGCGAUGUGAUCUCGGGGCAGAAGGAAGGGGGGCGCUGCACCGGGACACAGGUAUCCGUCGGGGGAGAUGGGCGUGCUCGAUUCCAGAUCAAAAACACUGCCGAGGAUCCCUUCAUUGCCAUUCACGUCAGCGCCAAGCUGUGAACCACAGAGCUACCAAUAAAGAUUUAAUCAACGAGCA